GCCCCUUCCGGCCCCGCGCCGCCUCCCGCCCGCUCCCCCCCCCCCCCCCGCGCCCGGCCUGGCGGUAAGAUGGCGGCGGCGGCCGAGUGUGAUGUGAUCAUGGCGGCGCCCGAGGGGCCCGGCGCGCCGGAGAGCGAGGAGGAGGCGCGCAGAGAAGCAGAGUCUUUCAAGGAACAAGGAAAUGCAUACUAUGCCAAGAAGGAUUACAAUGAAGCAUACAACUAUUACACAAAAGCCAUAGAUACCUGUCCUAACAAUGCCAGUUAUUAUGGUAACAGAGCUGCCACCCUAAUGAUGUUGGGGAGGUUCCGAGAAGCCCUGGGGGAUGCUCAGCAGUCCGUCAGGCUGGAUGAUAGCUUUGUAAGGGGCCAUCUACGGGAAGGGAAGUGCCAUCUUUCCCUAGGGAAUGCCAUGGCUGCCAGCCGCUGCUUUCAACGAGUCUUAGAACUGGAUCAUAAGAAUACUCAGGCACAGCAAGAGCUGAAGAAUGCCAGUACUGUUCUUGAGUAUGAAAAAAUAGCUGAAGUGGAUUUUGAGAAACGAGAUUUCAGGAAGGUUGUUUUCUGCAUGGAUCGUGCUUUGGAGUUUGCUCCUGCUUGUCACCGGUUCAAAAUCCUCAAGGCUGAAUGUUUAGCAUUAUUGGGUCGCUACCCAGAAGCACAGUCCGUAGCAAGUGACAUACUACGAAUGGACUCAACAAAUGCAGACGCUCUGUAUGUCCGUGGUCUCUGCCUUUAUUAUGAGGACUGUAUUGAGAAGGCAGUGCAGUUCUUUAUCCAGGCACUCAGAAUGGCCCCUGAUCAUGAGAAGGCGUGUCUUGCCUGCCGUAAUGCCAAAGCACUUAAAGCAAAGAAAGAAGACGGGAAUAAAGCAUUCAAAGAAGGAAACUACAAACUAGCCUAUGAACUGUACACAGAGGCACUAGGAAUAGAUCCAAAUAACAUAAAAACAAAUGCCAAACUCUACUGUAAUCGAGGGACAGUUAAUUCAAAGCUUAGGAAACUUGAAGAAGCAAUAGAUGACUGCACGAAUGCAGUAAAACUGGAUGAGACAUAUAUCAAAGCAUACUUGAGGAGAGCACAGUGUUAUAUGGACACAGAACAGUAUGAAGAUGCUGUAAGAGACUAUGAAAAAGUUUAUCAGACAGAAAAAACAAAAGAACACAAGCAACUUCUAAAGAAUGCACAGGUAGAACUGAAAAAGAGCAAGCGGAAAGACUACUAUAAAAUCCUUGGAGUUGACAAAAAUGCCUCUGAAGAUGAGAUCAAGAAGGCUUACAGGAAAAGAGCACUAAUGCAUCAUCCAGACCGACAUAGUGGAGCAAGCGCAGAAGUACAGAAGGAAGAGGAGAAGAAAUUUAAAGAGGUUGGUGAAGCCUUUACCAUCCUAUCAGAUCCCAAGAAGAAGGCUCGCUAUGACAGCGGGCAGGAUCUAGAAGAGGAUGGAUUGAACAUGGGAGACUUUGAUGCAAAUAAUAUCUUCAAGGCCUUCUUCGGUGGGCCGGGUGGCUUCAGUUUUGAAGCUUCUGGGCCAGGAAAUUUCUUUUUCCAGUUUGGCUAAAAAAAAAAAUCCCUACACAUACCUGAUCUGCUUAUUUUAACCUUGAAUAUGGACAUACUUAGACUCCUUCCUUCAUCAUGUCUCAUUGUACUUAGAGCAGUUUCAUUUUCUCGGUUGGAGACCUCUGUUUUGUGUGCUUUUGUGUGUGAAGAGGAAACCAGCUCGGGGAGGGGAAGGCUUGUGAAUUUUGUUUUACUGUUAACUUUAUUAAAAAAAAAAAAUAAAGCUUUGAAUCGUUUGGUCCCUCCAUGCUGGCCCGUACUUUCAGACUGUUCCUGCUUCUCAACAGAGGGGAUUUCCUUGAAGUCCUCUUCCUGGAAUCUCGACCUGUGAGAGGUGAAGUAAUCUCCUGCUUUGUUUUGGCUGGCUCCCAAGUGCAGUGUGGCAGCAUGUCUAGGGUUUGUGGCAACUCGUAAGUUAUUUUAAUCUUCUGAAAGUAUUGCUAAGAUUCAAUCAAGUUUGAUACAACUGCUUUUUUCUUUUCUUUUUUUUUUUUUUUAAACCUGCCAGCUGCCAUUUCUUUUUUGCCAUGAUUCUACCCGAACAGUACACUUGGGCAUUAAUUUAAAUGAUAGUGUGUGAGGUUAACACUUUCAUAUCAGAAAAAUGCUUCUUUGGAUUUAAAAGGGCAGCUUAUGUGAGAAUUCCCUGUGAUGCAGCUAGAAUUAAGGGCUUUGUGUUUCCACUCUAAGAAUUGUCAUCUUUAAGGGAACAUUUAAUUUGCUCUGGGCUGAAUUUCUUCACCGUAUCUUUUUUUGAUUAAUCCACUUGAACAUUUGAUAUUUGUGCUAAAACUUGAGUUUAUGGUUUAAAAUUUUCAUGUUUGAUUUUGCGUACUGAUCCAUAAUGUGGAUGAGCUCUUUCUAGCUUUGAAACAUGCAAAGUUAUAUUCAGGUUAUUAGCUGAAAAUGGUGUGUGUGCAGCAGUAUGUUCUCAUAAUGUUUACAGGAACUGUACAAAUAUGUUAAAUUAGUCAAAUAGUUUUCAAAUAAAAGUAACUUACUGGUUCAAAGAAGCAAGAAAAUGCUAAGUCAAACUUUGAACUGACAGUCUGUAACUUGCUUCUCUUGCACAAUGUCAGGACGAAUGCUGGAGCGAUGAGGCUAAAGCCUGGAGCUGUGUGCAGCUGCACCAUCUCAAAUGCAGAGUGGAUUUGGUUUGGUCUGCCUGUUAACACGAAUGCUGUUUUAUUUUUCACCAUAAAUGGAGUGUUAUAGCAGGAUAUCGGCUGAGGAGGACUCUGCUUCCAGAAUUCUUCUCUUUUUUCUAUAAAGUGAAGAGAUAAAAUGGAGAAUCUUUUUUUGACUAGAUGCUUUGUUCAAGUUAAAUAUUACCUUUAGAAGAGUUCUGGAGCUUAGCAUGUGGCAUGAGGUCUGACAGAACUGUAGGAGACCCCGCUGCAGAAGCGGGGUUUGUGCGUGAUAGUGCUCAGCAGCACCAGUGCGAAGGGGCAGAGUCUUUCAGAGGCAUCGCUGUAUCUGGAGUUUCUUAAACUGACCUGCUGUAGUGUAGUGACAUACGGAGAGCUGAAUUUUGCCUGGCUGAAAAAAAACAGAUGUUCUUUUGAGUACAUGCAAGACUUUUUCCUAGAGAAACCUGACACUAACUUUUAUAUAACAGCUGACUUAACUUCUUGCCGCAGGAGAAAAAGAUUGCAAUGAAUUCAUUGCAUGAAAUCAUUAUUUUGAAUGCUCAUAUCUGUCUUCCUUCCUUCUGAGGGCUGUACUUGUCCUAUUCAGUUGGACAGAGUUGCUAGGCUGCAAUGCAAGUUAACUUCAUUUACAACAGUUGCAAUAGAAACACGUGGUGCUGCUGAAUACUACAGUCCUACGGCUGUUCUGUGUCAGAAUUUUUGACAAUCUGCUUUCGUAGAGGGAAGAUUUAAGGGCUUAAAUUCUAGUGCUGCGGAGCAAAGGAGGCAUUUUAUAACUCAUUCAAAAGUCAACUUUAAAAAUGAGUCAAUGUUGAAUAAUUUCAUUUCCAAAAAUAGACUCUGCAACAUUUAUUCCAACUUCCUUUGCGCCAGUGUAACUUGAUGGAUUUACCCGGAUUGCACUGAGAGCAAAAUAAGGUCCUAGCAUCUUUUAGACUCCAGAAUGGUAAAUAUUUGGGGAAUUAAAAUACCGGUCUAUGCAUAUUGAGACUUCCCCAGUUCUCAUGGCACUUGUAAAUCAGAGUUUACAGGACUUACUUCAGUGAGGCAUUCUGGAUUCAUGAUGUAUUGUCUGUGUGUAUUAAUAUUACUGUACAGUUUGGAAUCUUCUUAGUCUUUUAUUACCAUGUGCAGGGAUGUAUCCUGCGUUUGUCAGUGUGAUUUUUUUUGUUGUUGUUAAUUCUUUUUCUCCCUCUGUCCCCCCAGUUAAGAAAGACAGGCUUCCUUCUCUCCAAACUUUAGAUGAGGCUGUUCUUUGGAAGACAGAAGUAGAAUGCUUCUGAGAGCUUUUCUUCUGAGAGAGGAAAUGUAAACAGCAGAUAUUUAUAUAAAACUGUACAUGAAUGCAUGACUUAAUGUAGUUAAAUAUUAAUAUGGUAAGUGCCAAGAGUUUUUUAAGGAGCACUAUUAUGGGAUUAAAAGUGAGUGCAACAUAUGCUCACUUCUGCAGAGUGCAUUAUGAUGUCGAUGGAAUUCAGUGACUAUCCCAUUACCUCGGGACAGUAGCGGGGUGUUGUGAUACAGGUGCGUUGACGUUGUAACCUCCAUCCUGGCGUAGCACAGCUUGGAGAUACGGAGCUGUUUCUUUCAGAAAAAUCUGCUUAGAUGUGCGUUGUUUAAAGCAUUGCCUUUCACACUUAAUAGUCACAGAAUGGUAUUUAUGGGUUGUAUUUCAUAUGUAGCCACAGGGAACCUUAAUGCUGUUUUUUAGCUGCUACCACUUAGAGGCCUCCCUGGCUUCUUCUGGCUUGAUAGGAGCUACCAAGUGUAGGAAUUUGCCCCCAAAAUGGUUAGUAAGUAUCUUAAACUGAUACUAUGCCUGUGGUUUUUCUGCAGUAGGUGAUACUCUUGAAACACAAGCGCGGGGGAUACACAUGGAUCAAGCCUUGCGUAGAGGUGUGUUUUUCCCUUUGACGUGACUACAGGGCACAAUGUGAGCUUGACGGUAAAGCUCCUUUCAAUGAAAAAACGUCUUUCCAGAAGUCAGUGUUGAUCAUUACUGAAAGGUUGAGUUUUGGCAUGGCAGCAAGAGCCCUAACGGUUAACUCUAAAAUGUAACCAAAAAUGUCACCAGACCAUUUCCAUAUGCAGACUCUGCUCCCUGAUCUGCCUGGUAAAUAGUUAUACUCCCUUGACCUGAAAUGUAGACGUUGAGCAGCUUUUGAUACAUCUCUCGUGCUUGUUCCUCGGGCCUGCUACCGAUAGGAGUUACCCUGGAGACAGAGUUGGUGUGGCUAAAAGACAGACCAGAUUAUUACUGAACGGAGAGGUCUCUUAGCAGAUAAGAUGAAAGUAAUUGCUAUUCAGCUGCUCAGUAACUGAAUAAUAGACUUUGACUUGUUGACUUUGUCAAUAGGAGGUAUAAGCGAUAGAAAAACCGUGCAUAUGGGGCGUUUGGCUGUCAGCAGAACAACUGUGUAAAGUUAGGCUAAGCUGUCGCGAUAUUGUGUAAUGUUUGCCAAAAGAUAAGGAAUUGUUUAACUCUUAUGCUCUCCCUCUGAAGUUUCGUUGCCUAAUUCAUGGUACUUGUAGUGUCUGAGCUGCUGUAGGGCUAGUUUCACAUAGUGAAGUGCAGUUGCAUUCAAAUUAAAAUGGAAGGAAUUCUAUGCUUUGAAAAUGAAAACAUACAUCAGUAAUUAACGUUAGUGUUGGGAGAUACUUGCAUGUAAAUUGUCUGGCCUCCAGGCCACAAAGCCCAGUGUGGGUGUGUUUCUUUUUUUUCCUCCUUGUGUGGAUUUACUUUUUAAAUCUGAUGCUCUGUUAGCUCUGCCUCUUGCAGGGGAGCAUUGGGUGAGUCUUUUCCAGAUAUACUGGACCUGGACUUGAAAUCAGCUGUAAAGAACAUUAAGAUGCUUCUGGCUGCCCACUUUGACAGGCUCUUCUAAUUGUUUCUGCUACACAUGCUACAUAGGAAAGUACAUGAUUUCGUUUGUGAACUUGGAAGUUUUGCUCUAAAGCUGGAUUCUUAGUGUUAAAGGCUUUUGACUGUUUUGUAAAUACUUGCAUUAAUGCAAAUUGAGGGGAGGAAAAAAAGGUUUAGGGACAACAGUAUUAAGUAGCCAUGGAAUAUUGCAAGUCCCUUGAAGCUCUUUUUGUAUCAGACUAGGAUACAGAGUGGAAGCUGUUGUGCUGUUGCUCCGUUUCCGAUUCGGAAACUCUCGGCGGUUGUGCCCAACCGUAAGGGCUGGUUUCUGAGCCAGCCUCGUGUUGAAUGGCCGCCCUCAGCCAAAUCAGCCUUCAACCAGUUGAAUGACCAAAGCACUUGGACCACACAGUGGUUUGCUGUUCCUUCAAAAUUACUUCCUCCGUUUCAGUAAGAACUUAAAAACGUUCACUUAUCUUCAGGCGGAUGUUUUUGUCCCAUUUAAAUUUGUGCCUUGUCCCCUCCCCUCCCCUUCCUUAGGGAAGAAGACAGCCCAUGUAUUACACUUACUUUAGUUUCUCCGAGUAGUGCUAAGGUCCAUCUCAUUCUUUUAUAGUAGUGCUAUAACCAGUUCUGAAAGGUGACAAACUCGGUGAUAGCAGUUCUGUGAACCCUCCUUACAUGUAGAGGCCGUUCCCGCACAGCAGCUACUGCGCUCCAGAGCGGAUUUCCAUAUUGUACCUGUUCACCAGGGCAGAAGGACCCGCGCUUGGCUGUGAAAGAAUAACACGUAAUGCUUUGGCCUUCCUUGACUUCCCCUGGUUUUCCCCACAUGUGCAGAGUCAGGGACAGGAUUAUCCUUUCUUCUUUGCCUAGCACUAAUUAAUUUUUCAUUCUAGCAUAGGUCUGACCUGGGGAGGAAAGCCCUCGUAUGAGGCUUUUUAGGUGGAGUGCCAAGAUGAGCGCACAGUCUGCAACAUGAUGUUACUGAACACAGCUGUGGCGUUAGCGGCGGUGGCUCAGGGACACGGUGACUGCCUCUGGCUGGCACGCAGUUUGACUGUAGUUCUGGCAUAGCCAAUAUUAUGUUGAUUACCCCGUCUUACUCCCUGCUUUCACUUAAUAGCUCGUGCUUCAAAAAAGAAUAUAGAGUGUAAAGCAAUGUUGGGGGGGUUGAGUGCAAAACAGCAAACUGAACACCUUCAUUGCAUGCAUAUCUGCUUUGUUGUAAAGACAUAAAGGAGUAGUCAAGACAAAAACCAGACACUGAUGUGAAGCCAACUUGGAGAGGAUGCUAGACCCUGUGCUGUAGUAUUGAUCUGAAUUGAAGACAAAUUCUGAACGUUUACCUCAGUGUAAAUACCUUUUCAUUAGGAGGAAUGUUUACCUCAGUGUAAAUUACCUUUCCAUUAGGAGGAAAGGAAUAUUGCAUGGAGCAAUCAAUAUUGCAGAUCGCUUUGCCAAACACUUAAUCCUCCCUAAGGCAGGCUUCACAUUAGUAUGAACACUGACCCUCUUUGGACCCUUACCUUUCUAGGAUGUGAACAGUAAAAAUGUGAAUAUUUGUUGUUUACUUCAUUAGGCAUAAUUCAUAAUGAUGUGUUUAUAUGAAGAAUAUCACAGACUGAAGCAAAACCAUAUGCAAUUGGUUUACUUUAUUAUAAACUGUAUAUGAUGUACAAACUAAUAAACACUUAAAUGAC